AUGAAGAACAUGGAGCUGAGAGGAGUGAUAUUAGGAGAGCGGCCUGUUGUGCACACGUCUGGAGUGUAUGAGAAGGAGGUAUUGGGCGCCCAGGCUCUGGCGACCCCAAUCUUGGCGAGCAAGCCAGACGAGAGAGGGAGGCACGCAGGUUGUGCGCCUUGGCAGUCUUGGGCAAGCAAGAUAGGUGCCUUGGCAGUCUUGUUAAAUGGGAGUUCAUGGAGGGCCCUCAAGCAAAAACUGGGUGUUGAGGAUGUUGAGACCGAGAUGGUGACCCAUGCUGCAGGAACGGAGAUGAGGAGCACCGGAGUGGGGAUGCCAUUGGCAUGGGGAGGAGCUAUGGUGUCAAAUGGAAUGCUCCAUGCGAUGGAGAGGCGCCCAUGGUGUUGGGCAUUGCUGUAG